UGAAAAUUAAAUUAAGCACCUCUGCUACCGAUCUCAAACGAAGUGUAACAAGCGUAGGUUUAGUAUUACCAGAAAGGUCGCUCGGUUUGAUUGGAAAAACAUACUAGUUAUACUAAGAAGCGGCUGAUAAUUUUUAUCAAUCAAACGUCCUAAAGAAGGAAAUGGAAUUCAGAGCAGAUUAUACAAACAUGGAACAACAUGAGUCGAAACCUGAUCGUACUCCGUUACCAAUCCAGUCGUUUUUGUGGCGACAAACCGAUCCGUUUCUUCGCCGAAAAAUCGGGAAAUUAUACGAAGCUUCAUGUGCGUCUUUUGAGCAUAUAUUAGUGGAUAACAAGCUGCAAGGUUUACCACCUUCACUCAGCGGGGCAAUCGGGAGCAUUACUAGGUGGCAAUUGAUUGAUAUUUGCUUGCCACAUGUCAUGCACUGUGCCGCAAUAUUUCUCAUCAAUCGGAAUAAAUUGGGUCAAGCCGAUAAACUGGGAGUGCCAGGAACAAAAUUGCUUCACACUCUACAUUGGAUAUUUCUUGAGUCGCAAAAGGCGUGUAGUGCUGGUGGAAAGUGCGGCGAAGAACAGUAUAGUGUAACGUUCGGAAAUGUACAACUGUUCAUCUACCUUUUCGCUCCAAUCAUCAAUAACAUAAGGGAAACAGACCUCGUCUUUCGCCUUGACAGUGGCCAACUAAUAUGGAGAUCAAUGUGGAGCUAUGAGCAACCUAAUAUACCAGCAUUCUCACGAAUUAUUCCGUCGUUAAAGGUCAAAAAUGAACCCGCUGAAAGUCGAACGCUUUUUCCGGGAUGUGAUAUUCCAGGGAUCAGGUAUGGGAAAAUGGACGAAGCUAAAGAAAGGGUUCUUUUCUCUAGUGUAUGUGACGUCGCUGUCGUGAAUUGUUUGUUGUUUCAACGUUGGUCAGAAGACGGUAUUUUAUGGGGUAUGACGUACAUUUUAAAAAAGCUGCAAAAACUUCGAAAAGCUACAAAUCUAACUCUUGGGAGGACUUCCCAUAGAAGAUGCGUCUCAAUGAAUGCUAAGAAGACGAGCAUGCGUAAAUACAGACCUCCGAGAAAGUUGUCACCGCAGCAAGAAAUACCUGGAUCAGAGUGUGACAGAACAUCAAGUAGCAUUGCCAACAUACGAGAAGCAAAGAAGGUGCACAUGGCACCAGAUGACCUGUCUCCUGAUGAACCAAAAAGAACAUCGUUGUUCGGAAUUUUUCGGACUACAGCUGGAAACAAAAGUAUGAGACAUGUACUUGCUUCACCAAUUCAAAAGAGAAAAAGUGCAAUCAGGAGAAUGGUGUCUUCUAAUCGUAGAAGAUCUGUCCCCACUUUUGCUACCAAGACAUCCUUGAAAGCUCUGUUUUCAGCUGCUGAAGAAGCAAAGGGUCCUAAUAUAAUCACCAUCAAACCUAAAGACAUCUUAGGAGUUCCUUCAACCUCAAUGCAAAGAAACUCAAUUGGGUCAACAUUAGAAGUUCAAAAAUCCACAUCAUCUUUCAGAGAUGUAGACAUGAGUAUUGGGUUAAGUCAAACCAAUUCAAAGGAGCUCUUUGAGGGAAAAACAGUUUGCGCUGAUGUGCUAGAUGAAGGUAAAACCACAAAUGGUGAGUUGACGCCUAAAGAAGAAACCAAUAACCAGAAUGGAAUUAGCAGAUCGGAUACGGUAAAACAAAGCAGGCGAUGGACAUCCGAUACUUGUUUGGCUUAUGUUCCACCUACACUGAAUAAGAACACCUCUGAAUACGAUAAUGAAGAUGGAUGUCUUCGGGUUGAAGUCCUAUUAUCUGUGGUGAAUUCUGUCAUUUCAAAAGGACCCGGUCUUCGAGUUAUAGAUGUUUGUUUGCAAGUUUUGGAGCAUGUUGUACAAAUGAAGAUGUUACCUGAAGAGGAAGAUAGUAACAUCACUGAAGAUGACUUGAAGAUAGACUAUAAGCAUCAGAACACCAUCGGUGUAUUCCUACGAGUUCUUUAUUCAUUGAUCAAGCUUGUUGGUUGCUCCAAUGGUUGCCACCGAUCUGGACACAGAAGUGCUGCUGCUGAUAGAAUUAGAGCCACGACACAAGCAAUGAUGGGUGACAUAUUUGCAAACCACAGAAAGUAUUUUCGAGUUUUUAUCAAAAAUGUUGUAAAAACCAACACAGUUGCUGAAAUCAUGGACUUUCUUCAUCCUUUGUUAGCAUACUGCAACAUUGAUAUUAACACAUGCGAUGUACUUGACAUCAAUGGAGAUCAAAUAAAUCAUGAUGCAGAAUCAAAGAACAAUCUGCAUAAUAUGAUCGUUAAAGUGGUGUUUGGUGAUCUGAUGAGAAAACUCUUGGACAGCAAACUGUUUCAAGAUAAUUUUACAAAACAAACUAAUAGGAAAUUAUAUGAUGAAGUUCGUCACUUUGUGCAAUUUGUUCGUCUUAAGAAUCCUUCAACAUUCAAUCAAGUUCUCCUUAGCACAAUGUUGUUGCCAUUAAGAAAGAGAAAAGCUUGGAUAAAAGACCAAAAGACAUUAAAUGAGAAAGAAACUAAACAAACUUCCACAACUCCCGAUCCAAGCUCUGUGCCGAUGUCACGAAAAAUGCAAAGAAGAGGAGGUGUGGUGUUGCAAUUAAGUCCAAUAGCUUCUCGAUCUUUUCCAACUGGAAGCAUUCCUUCUAAACAAACAUUUUUUCGAAAGUACAAAGAAAGUAGUCGACUGUCUUCAGCAGAGAGCUCAUCAUUACUUCCACGACUUUCAACAUGUGACCAUGUUGGAAACUCUUCAGAUGAAGAGGAAGAUGAAGAUGAUGUUUACAGAAAUGCAAGAAGUGGAUCUAUAUUUAAAAUUCCAAUCAAAAAUCCAUUUAAAAAUAAAUCUGGGGAAAAAUCUCCAUAUUCUCCAAGUGCAACUGAUGAAAAAAGAUUCUCAGAGUUCGUAAGCAAUGAUGGCAAUGGAACAACACUUUUGUCUCGAAUUAUGAUGAAAACAAUGCAAAAGAAACAAGAAGCGGAAUUUCAAAGCUCCGAAGCAGGUUUAGCAUCAAUGGCACAAGAGUUAAAUGAAAAAUUAACUUUUCCUGAGGAAAAAUUAAAUGACUUUGUUAUUGAUACUGAAGAUAUAUAUAUUGGUGUGUCCAUCUUUGACUUCCUAUUAGAGUGCUGUCCACCUGGUACAGUACCUGAACAUACUGUUAUUGGAUCUGUUUUAGGACUGGAAUCCUCUGUCUUAUCAAGGGCAACUGUACUUUUACAAUUAGCUUGUUUUAUCAAACGUUGUUCUAUUGGAGAUUGGCCAAGCUUCAUGCAAAACAAAGGCAAGCCAAGCAAGUUUAUAGCCAAAAACGCAAAGUUUUAUGUUGCAGCUGCAAAACAAUUUUACAAAUGGGGCGAGGCCAUCUCAGAGUAUUUGCAAAAAGUUGUUUCAGUUGACAAUAACCCAAGUGUAGUGCUUGGCAACAUAACAGAUCCUGACGAUCAAAUGAAAAAUCGGCAUCAAGACUUUACUGAAGACUAUUUGAAAGAUGUCAUGAUCAAUCCAUCUGGAAAAGAUUGCCCAACUCCAUUGAAGAUGGCAGCCACUAACUUGCUGCUUCAAAUCACUGCUUUCCUUCGGGAUGUCUAUCCCAGAUUGCCACAAUAUGAUUAUGAUGAACAAGCUACAAGAGAUAAAGAUGGAUGUUCACUUACUGCAACCCCACCAUGCAAAAAAAGCAUUAAAUUUCAAAAUCUUGUUGUAUCCAAUUGUACACAUGGAUCCACAGAAGAAAAAGUCAGACGUAUUUCAAUUUUACAUGGAAACAGAGAUUCUUCAAGUGAGAGUAUUUCAUCUAGAAUAAGCCGCCAACAAACUCCUAACACUGCCAGUGAAUCUCCUGUGAGAAACCGUUCAUCUAUUGCUGCAACGACCAGCAACACAAGCAACACAUUGACUGUGCCCAACUCUAAUGUGCUGUUUGGUGGCUCUUUCUCCCCAUUCAGUAGUACUUACUCAAUCGGAAGCACUAACUCUGUUGGUGACGGUAUGUGCUCAUCUGAUCACAUCUCUAGCCGGGACAUAGCUCCAACAAGUUCCAUUACAUCUUGUUCAGUUUUGAAUCUUACUAAUAGUGGGCAAGGGUCUUCAUCAUGGAUUGAUAACCUUCCUUGGCUGAAGGUCACAAUGACUUUGGCUAACCAACACAACUUUAUAUGCGACCAUUUGAUCUUCUGUCAUCCAUACUGCCACAAAAGAUUGCAUAGAUCUUGUACAAAACUGGUUGGUUCCUUGUAUGAUGCAAUUGCUAAAAAUCAGAAAAGCACAGAAUGUGGAGAGGAACCAAAACGAUGCAUUCCAUUUUUGAGUUAUCUCAAAAGCCAAGCUUCUUGCUUAACCAAAUCGCCGCUAGCAGUUUUGUUGAAAUCAGUAUCAAUUUUAAGCAAUGAUACUCUAAUUAACAUACAAGCGUUAACAUGGGAAUUGUUACUCGAUGGAAGCAAAGAAAUAGUUGAAAUUGCUGGUGCUUUAUUUCUUUUAUGUGCUAUCAAAAUACCACAAGAAGUUCACACAAGUAUAAUGAUGGAGCUGACUAAUACCAACACAACACAAAGACUUACUGCCAUUAAGAAAAUUGGUGUUUUGUGGGAAUGUAGGAAUGCAGUGUGGAGACAUGCGGAGACAAAAGCUCGUGCUGUGUUUCGGACUCAUGCAACAUCGUUGAACUGCACCCUCUCCAUGGCUACACUGGGGUUAGAAGCAAGCAGCAUACCAGACCCUCCAUGGAUGCCUCAUAUCAUUGACAUGGACAAAAUACUUGCACAGAAUAGCUCUUCUGUUCAGAGUGCUGCGUUCUUGGCAACAGACACACUAUCACAUUACAAAGAGAAACAACUUGAAAAACUUUUGCGCCUUGAAGAUGAAAAACUUGCAAAAGCUCGCUGCAAGUUCCAUCUCACUGAUGUUCCUGUGGCACAAAGUAUUUGCAAUGAACUGAAGAAAAAAGCAGCAAAUGAAGAACUGGAAGAAGGUAAUGAACAAGGAUGUGUGAACAGACGACUCUCCUCCCGAUUAUUAAGUGUCGGGUCAUCCUCAUCAAAUUCUGAUCAAAGAAAAGAAGAUAAACUUCCAAACAGAGCAUCAUCAUUUUUUAAAAGCCAAUUAAAUGAUGGUUCUCAAGAUAACACAGCAAGAAUACUUGAAUACACUGCAAGUCUUCCAAAUUACUCUGUGUUUCCAUCAUUACUGGCAGUUUGUAUACCAGAAGUCAUAAGAGCUAUGGAGGAUAUAAGCACAACUAAAGAUGAUGAAUCAGUUGGUGAUGCCGCAAGAUGUGUUGUCCUGACUUGCUUGAAGGAAGACCCUCAUCUGUUUCUUCGUAACAUCACUGAAAAACUUGGUGAUAAGAAAAGUCGGUUUAGCUCAAUGUGGUUUUUAAAGAAACUGUCUCAUCUUGUGCAAUAUUUGUCUCCAAAUGUUGCUCAUGUGAUUUUAAGUAAUUUGAUUGAAGUAAUACUGCAACAAAAUCGUUUUACACCAACUGGAAGUCCAAUUAUCACUCAAUGUCUUCUUGCUAUUACCAACAUUUUACCAUUUGCUGAAGCAAUUGAUUUGAAAACAUUAAAAUUAGCUUUGCGUAAAGAGCAAAUAGACACACAGGUUCUUGUUACGGCUGGCUUACCAGGAACCAAGAAAAUUACAAUAUGGAAUCAAGGUGACUACUACAUGCCCAACCAGGUUGAUGUUACUGAUAACACAACAUUUGAAGUUGUUCUUCGAGAAGCUUUGGCAUUGGUUGAUGUGUCGGAAAGUGAAAACAGGUUUUACCAACUUUUAGAUCCAAGAGAAAAUGAAAUUCUCUGCAGGCAUUGCUAUGUAAGAGAUUUCUAUCCAUUUCGGAAAUCUGUAUAUCCGCAGUUAACCUUGGUAAGGAUGGAGCAAAAUGAAAGUACACCAAUAAUGGCAAGCAAAGUGGUUCAUCUGAAGCUUGCUGAGAUAUCCAAGUUAUGUUUAUCACUGACUGCACUGCGUAGUCAACGAAACCCAGUAGAUAGAGAACUAAAUGCAACCUUUGUGCAGGAUGAGUUGAAAAAGUUGUGGUCUUUUCCCAAGAAGGCAAUGGAUGCUGAAUUUUUCCUGUUUGAUACGGAGUAUGGGGAAGUCAUUAAACAUCUGGAUAUUAUACAAAAGUGUUACUGGAUUGACUUAGUGCGAACCAUCUUAUUAUCUCUACCAAGAGAAUACCCUUGGAACGAUGACUUAAUAUAUUUGAUGCAUGUGCUAAGUAGUGCUCUUGUUAUACACUGUGAAGCUGCCCCACUACUGCGUAAAUACACAGCCUCUAUUAUUGAUAUUGUGGUUUACUUUAGCCACAGUUUCACACUGCAAGGAUAUAGUCUUAUACUACCUACAAUGCUAAGAGUGUACAGCAAGCAUUACAGCAACAAAAGUGUUCGAAGUUGUCUCGAGCUUGUUUUUAAGCAGAUGUACCAAGUACAUAGGAAACCAUUUCUUCUUCAGUUGUUUGCAUGUGCUGCUCCUUUAUUAUCGGAAUACAACUGGCUCAAAGUGGUGGAUUGUAAUGAUCAAGACCAAGUAUCUCAUCACAACUUUUUUCAAGUUCUUCUUGCAUUAGAAAACCCCGAACAAAUUGAUGAUUUACAAGUAAUGAGUUUGGUCCAAGCAUCGAAACCGCUUAAACCAGUGGAUGAAUGUUUGAACUCAGAGGAUGACACAAUCUGCUUUAUUGAUUAUUUCAGACUUUGCAUCACUGUAAUUGCUUACCAACCUGAAAACAGCCGAACACUUGAAAUGUUAAUUGUAUUAAACAGCAUACUGCCUUGCUAUUACCAACAUAUUCAAAAUACUUUCAGUCCAGUUGCAGAGCGGGCACAAAUAUUUGAAAUAGCCGUUUGUAUUCGAUCACUGCUUGCAAGUGUUGAAGCUCUUACCAGAACAUUAAACUGCACCUCACAACAACAGCAACAGUUUAAAGUUAUCUAUAGACAAGCAAGUGAACAAAACUUGGUUCAACAGCCGCAAGAAAGUGUUAUGGCAGAUGAGGAAAAUGAAACAUCCACAGAAAAGAAUCAACCAACUGAAGAAUUCAUUGCACAACGAGAUGUAAUGUUGCAACUUUGUACAACGUUUUACACUCGAUCUAAACUAAGGAUGCAAAAGUUGAAGAGAUGUACACAAACUAAUGAACUACUUAAUACCAAGUCUCAUCUAAGGAUUGCUGAUAUUGCACAUUCACUGCUGAAGCUGUUAACUGAUGAAACUGUCCCAACAGUAAGCACAGGGUUAGCAAGUUAUGUACAACAUAUGUUGCCAGUUGUGGACUGGUCAGUUGAAGCAAUAAGACCAGCACUGUUCCUUGUAUUAAAAAGACUUGACCGUUUCUUUGGAAAAAUUAGCAAAGUUUAUACUUUAAGGAGUGGCUUGGAUUGGCGCACAGUCUCACCAAUAGUCAGUGGAUUAUGUCAGUUGUUAUCUCGACAACCUGCAGUUGCUCAUGUUCCCCAUCUAAAAUCACUUGUUGCUUUUAGUGCAGCUGCACAAGCGGGUGAAAGUUCAUGUGCCACGUUGACUGAUCCAACUAUAACAUGUCAAUGCAACGCUAAAUUAAACAUCUCACCAACUCUCACAACAAAUAUUGUCAACUUGAUGGUUUAUCAGAUCCAAGGUUUAUCUGACGCAACAAAUUUGGAAUCUCUCAUUCGACCACUGUUGACAUCAGAGAAAAAUGAAAUUCUUUUUCUCAAUCUCAUCAUACCAAUAUGUCUGUGCGCUGCAGCCGAUUCCAAUGUGGUGACUAGAUUGAAUAAGACACAGAUACAAGGUGGAUGGAAGCGACAGAUUGAUCAAAGUGAUGUCAUGUUUAUAAUAGAUUUGUGUCUAAACACGUUACGUGGAAGUAGUAACCCGGGAAAACCAAAACUUCGGCAACUGUUUACUGGCACGUCUCCACUUCCAUCUCGACAAAAGUUCUUAAGCUACCAUGUAGCAUGGCUUACAUUACGAGUAGCAAUUGCUUGCUUCCAAAACCAACUGCAGACGAAGUGGUAUAGCAUCGCUUAUUCGGUAAAAGAAAUUGUAACAAGCAAUGACGGGAACUUAAGAGACGAUAAAG